UUUUUUUUAAACUGUAUUAGUUGGGACUCAAGCAAAAAUUAUUGUCAUUCUGUCUAAACAAGAAAUGCUUACGUUGUUUAUAGUUGGAUAUUUAUUGGAAGUGAGCACCGCUGCAGACCCCAUACAGAUCCUUAAUUCAAGCAUCACUGUGAAUUCAAGCGGGCUCCCAUGGCUGGACAUGACUGCAGAUAAGGUCAACGAUGGUAUUGAAAAUAACCGAGGCAAAGCGGACAAUUGUGGAUGUUGCGCAGCACUACAAAGACCAGCAUGGGUGCAACUGACACUGGACAAGACUUAUCUCGUGGAAAAGAUUGUAGUUCUAGGACGUCAAGAUGCAAAUAUCUAUCAGUUAAACAACAUCACAUUGUUACUGGGGAGACAGAAUCAAUCACUUCAUAACGAAGCGUUCACUUUGUACAACUGGUCUUUUGCGAUGACGAUACUGGCUCCUCCACAAGAAGUAAAUGUUGUACGAGUUGCGAGUGCAUUGUCAUCAAAUCCACAUAUGACUAUAUGCGAGAUUAGAAUAUACCGACAAGCAGAUUGUCUACCCGGAAAGUACAGUGCAAACUGUUCAAGAGAGUGCCAUUGUCUUUCUGGACCAUGUGAAAGUGUCACGGGCACAUGUAUGACUGCGGUGUGUCAAGACGGCUGGAGAGGACUCGCCUGUAAUGAAACCUGCAACCCUGGCACGUUUGGUGCUAACUGCUCCUAUAUAUGUCAUUGUUACAACACUGAAACAUGCCAUAAUAUUGAUGGUACCUGUCCCGUUAACCAAUGUGCAGCUGGAUGGAAGCAUGACAACUGUAGCGUAGCGUGCGAUGAAGGUUUAUUUGGUUUGAACUGCUCGUCAGAGUGUCAUUGCUUACACGGCACCAACUGUAACCAUGUCUCGGGCAAGUGUUCCGGUGAGAAAUGUGAGCCUGGGUGGACUAACAGUAACUGUAGCGUUGCCUGUAAAUCUGGCUUCUACGGGCAAAGCUGCUCUAUGAACUGUCACUGCGACACGUGCCAUCACGUCAAUGGAUCCUGCUUAAUGUCUAUUCAAUGCCACGAUGGAUUCAGGAUGGAAAAUGGUUUCUGUACACCACACAAACAGAUAGGAGAAAGUAGUACCGUAAACGUGGCUGGAAUAGUUGGCGGUUGCGUCGCAGCUGUUGUUAUCAUAAUAGGAAUGACUUUAUUAACCUUAUAUUGCAGGCGGCAAAAACUACAUGCUAAAGAAUGUCAUACUAAAAUAUCUACAUCAGCAAAGAUAGAUACAUGUUUCUAUACGAGAUUUGAUCAUCUCGAUCGGGCUAAUGAUGGAAAAAACGACUCCGUAGAAGACAAAGCGAAAGUCGCUUUAACAAAUGUCAGCACUUUAUUGUCUGACAAAGAGAAUCCCGUUUCUUGCGAUGACAAUGAUUACUACAGUUUCAAGACACUAAGCCCUGGAAUCAGAAUCCAUGAACUCUGGGACUACAUUCACGGAAAGUGUCAAAGUGGUUCAACAUUCUUUGAAGAAGAAUUUAAAAAAUUAAGAAGUGGGCUUAUCAAUAAGCAUGACAUAGCAUCCUCCGAAGAAAACAAAGGCAGGAAUCGCUACAAGCAGAUUUAUGCAUACGACUAUAACCGUGUGCCCUUGACACCAGAGUUCGAUGGAGAAUCUGAAUAUAUCAACGCGAGCUACAUACACGGUUUUGAGAAGGCAAAGAAAUUCAUCGCUUCGCAGGGUGCAACGCAGAGAAAUUUAGAUGACUUAUGGCGUAUGAUAUGGCAGCAGAGGGUGGACAAGAUUGUGAUGCUGACAAAUGUGAUUGAAAAGAACACGAUGAAAUGUUUACAAUAUUGGCCCGAGGAGUUGAACGGCGUAUGCAAGUACGGACGAAUUAACGUCAAGUACGUUGAUGUCGAUGAGAUGUUUGAUUACAACAUCAGGAUUUUUACAAUCACGAAGGGUCAUGAUACCAGGGUGGUCAAGCAGUUUCAUCUCAAAUCGUGGCCAGACAAAGGUGUUCCUGACACGGCCUGGUGUCUUGUAGACUUCUGGAGAGCGGUGGAUACUCAGAAAGAGCACCAUUCACCAAUUCUGGUUCACUGCAGCGCUGGUGUUGGGCGAACAGGAACAUUUAUUGCUCUCGACAAUCUUAUUUCACAAGCUCAAAUUGAAAACUGUGUCAGACCAUUGCAGAUUGUCGAAGCUUUGCGCGAACAAAGGGUUAGCAUGGUUCAAACAAAUGAACAAUACACAUAUCUUCAUGAGGCCCUGGCGGAAGCUCUCCUGGUUGGGACACACCACGUGAUGACCAGACAGUUCGAAAGUGUCCACCAGUUCAUGAUUGGAAAAGCCAGUAAUUUGACAACUACUCGACUGGAGAAACAGUUCGAACUGUGCAUGCUAAGUGUUGAAAGUCGUGAAGGACAUUUGCCACCAGUGGCCAGUCAAGAGGCAGAAUAUGGCAAUAUUGAGACACACUUGGCUGAAAUUGAUGCAUAUCGGCCUCAAAAUUAUAGAAGGAGUGAACCCACAGCUGAAAUGUAUCUCCCUACAUUCAAUGGAAAGACGUGUAUGAUUGUGCUACCCAAACCAACUGAGAAACAGCUGGCUAUGUUUUGGUCCCGUCUGGAUCAGCUUGGCUCUAUAACGGUGAUUGAUUUUGCAUCGGAUGACAUUGAACUGAAACACAUACUAAUAGAAAGAACAGAAAGGGAACAGGCAACAAAAGGCCCAUAUGUUAUCAAAGAGGAACAACAAAAUGGAUUUGUUGAAAUAACUUAUUUCAUGAAACAAGAGGUACAUUGA